CUUAUGCCUUUUUAUGCUUAAAGCUAUGCUUCACACCUUGAGAUUUGAGGCUUAGGCCUCAUUUUGGGAAAGGCUUAAGCCUUGAGAAAAAUGUAUGGACCUCACCUCAAGUUGUAUUUAUCACACCUCAAGGCUUAAGCCUAUUAAACAAUGUUACAAAUUAGAUAAAGUGGUAUAGGCGUAUGGCACUUAACCUAAACUAGACUAUUCCUCUGCUCCUCGUGAGUUUCCCAUGCUCUCUGUGAGUUUCAACAUUCUGUGUCUAUCUCUACUGCUCCCUAUGAGUUUCGCACCUCUCCCCACCACGGUUUUCGUUGAUCCCUUUCCCUUUGAAUGGAACAAGAGGAACCUCUUCCGACUUCGAACGAGGGAAACGGAAGCUUUGAGAAUCUUGAAUGCCUAGAAGAGUUGUUUGCAAAAACACUAUCCAUCCAAACUCCUGAGGUGCCUUUCAAUGAAGGUAUUUUAGCGUUCAAGAAAGUAAUUUCUGCCUAUUAGGCAAACUGAUUUGUGAUAAGCCCCUAAACCUUGAUGGUGUUAAGGAAGCAAUCACAAACUCCUGGAAUAUGGUUAGAAGUGGAUUCAAAAUCCUGGAGAUGCACAACGACAUCCUGCUAUUCAGAUUCAACCACGAGAUGGAUAGAAACAUUGUGUAGGACGAAAAACCUUGGUCCAUUAAAAGCUAACCGUUAAUUCUCAAAUAACGGAUGCCAGGUAUUCCAGUCAGUAUGAUUGAUUCCUCAGUCGAUACCUUUUGGAUUUGAAUAGUGGAUCUUCCAGUUGAUUGUAUGACGAUUGCAAAGGGCAUGCAGUUAAUGAGCAAAGUUGGAAAUCCAGUUAGGGUAGAUACUAAAAAUAUCAAUGAAAUGGGUCUUUGGGAGAGAUUCCUACGUGUUCAGGUUGAGAUUGACAUCACCAAGUCAUUGCCUACUGGUGUGGUGGGAGUGAAUGCAAAUGGUGAGAAAGCUUGGUUUAAUUUCCAAUAUGAGAGAUUGGCUACCUUCUGCUAUUUUUGUGGAGUUCUAGGUCAUGAAGAAACCAGAAGCUAUACUAAGUUUGACCUUCAGAAGAAAUUACAAGCUAAAGGGAGAGAGUUGCUGGCGAAACAAACCAUGGGUCCGGGUCCAUGCUCAUACGGUCCUUGGCUAUUGGCGUCCCAGAGUCCCUCGCUGAACCAAAUACUCCCAUCUAGUAUUGUUGUGAUGACCUCAAUUCGAGAUGGACGUGAUUGGAGUGGAUCGAGCAACAGUGAAGCUCUUGGAUCAAAAGGGAUAGAAGCCAAAUCAUGGAAUGGAUAAUCUCCUCACAGAUUCAAUGCCCAAAUCCUUCCAACGCCAAUGGACAUUAGCCCUUACAAGUCGAGCAAAAAAAGGGCAGAAAUUGAGAUGAUCACUAAGAAGGGGUCUUCAUCGGCGAUGAACGGAACUGGAGACGAUGCAGGCACGGUUACACAGAGCCCAAUGCAAAUGCAUUACAACUACCGAAAUGAUGUAGCUAACUCUACAACUAAGAGGGUAGGGGAAGUGCAGGACCCCCUUUUCUCAAUUGACUCAGCCGUAAGAGGAUGGAUUAAUGAAAACCCUCAAGACUUCCCCUUUUUAGGUAAAGACUUUUCCCCCAAGGAACCUCGUACAGUGGGAGGUCACCAGAAAGCAGAAACUUCUCGACUCUCAAAAGAUGGAACUACGGAGGCUAGAGUUUCGAACGGAGAGAGAAAAGAUCUUGACAAUAUAGUCUUUACCGAAAUGGGGUCAGUGAAUAAAGUUGAGAUCUCUUCACCGUUGAAGUUGAAUGACAACAUCGAGAGGGUUGACAUGUUCGCUAAGACAUGUAAGGAAGGAAACAUACAGAAGGGAAGCAUUAGCAACACAAAGUUACUUGUUAAAAGAGUUUUAUUUGUGGUUUCCGAUAUGGAAGAGGAUCCGGAAGGUGCCAACAAAAGAAGCAAAAGACAGAUCGAUUUCUCGGAUUCCAACUCUUCGGACCUUGCCAACCCGACUACUAAUGUGAAAAGCCCGAGACAGGGACCUCAUGCCCCAACUCCCAGUCCAACGAGAGGAAACUCCUUACAGUAAGCAAAGACAGGUGGCUGGCCCUGCUCAAGAGAACCUCAACUGUUUUGCAAAGAUCUUUGUGGAUAGGGCGUUUUUUUAAGGUUUUUUUGCUGGUAUUGGUUCUCUGAUUCUAGGUACUGAUAAUAGUUUCAUAGCUGUUGCGACUGUGACUUGCCUGCCUUGCUCUGCUAUAUUCUCUGAAGCUCUAGCUGUUCCUGAAGGUUUCCGUCUUGCAAAAUCAUUGGAUUGUACCAGAGUGUGUCUCUUCUCGGAUUGUAAGCUUUUAAUUGACGGACUUACAGGGUCUACUACUGGACUCCCUUUCUAUCUGAAACCUGUCUUGCAUGAUAUUACUAUGAAUUCUAGGAGUUUUGAACGUUGUGUUUACGUAUAUUCAUAGGUCUUGUAAUGUUCUAGCCCAUAAACUGGCUAGUCUAUUGUGCCCAGCUAGAGGUGUAUGGAGAGGUCUCCUUCCUCCCUUUUUGUCCCUCUGGUGGAAUGGUGAUAUCUCUUUUGUAAACUCUUUCUUAUUUGACCAGCAUCAAUGAAGCUUAAUUCAUUUAG